GGGCCGGGUCUGGGCUGCAGCCGGGCCGUGGCAGGAAGCCGGAAGCAGCCGCGGCCCCAGCUCGGGAGAUAUGGCGGGUGUUAAAGCUCUCGUGGCAUUAUCCUUCAGUGGAGCUAUUGGGCUGACUUUUCUCAUGCUGGGAUGUGCCUUAGAAGAUUAUGGCGUUUACUGGCCCUUGUUUGUCCUGAUAUUUCAUGUCAUCUCUCCCAUCCCCUAUUUCAUUGCCAAAAGAGCAACUUAUGACUCCGACGCCACAAGUAGUGCCUGCCGGGAGCUGGCGUAUUUUUUCACUACUGGAAUUGUUGUCUCUGCCUUUGGAUUUCCUGUUAUUCUUGCCCGUGUGUCUGUGAUCAAAUGGGGAGCCUGUGGCCUUGUGCUGGCAGGCAAUGCAGUCAUUUUCCUUACAAUUCAAGGUUUUUUCCUUGUAUUUGGAAGAGGAGAUGAUUUUAGCUGGGAGCAGUGGUAGCACAUUAUUCUGAUAAAAUGCAUUUUAUUUCUUAGAAGUCAUACUAUAUGUAUUUGUGUGCACAUGUGGCCUUUUAUUAUGAAAUUUCAUAUGCUAUUUUUUUAUACCUUUAUAUCCUAUUCAUUGUAAGAAGGACUACAUGAGAAAAAGAUUAGUUUUAUUUCCAGCCAGCAGACCUCUCCAUUUUCUCAAGUUGAAUUAUGUUACUUGUUUGGCUGUUCAUAUACUAAUGGUGCUCUCAGAAAACACAUGAACACAGUCUUGUAGAUAGCUGCUCACUCGUGCAAUGCACCUUUUGCCUGGGGAUGUGCCUGGGUAGGCAGAUAACACUGGAGCAAGUCUCCGUUCUGCCCAGGACUUCCAAGAUGUACUUGUGGCCCAGAGAGACGGAGGUGGCUCCCUCUUUGUGUUGUAGAUAGAUCCUUGCUUCUCAGAGUGUGGUCCGAACAGCAAUGGCCUCUCCCAGGAGCCAGUACGUCCGGAAUCAGAGGCCCCACCAGGGACCCAGCGCAUUUUGGAUGAGAUCCCAAAUGAAUUAUAUGUACAUGCAAGUGUGAUAAGUGCCGUCAUAGAGGAAUACUUAAUCACAUCUAGCAUCCUUGUCUUCCCUUUGGCUGAACCACUUAACCUCUCUGGGCAUUAAGUGGCUCAUUUGUAAAAAUUGUUUUCCGAGUCUCUUUGGUAUUUGUGAAAUGUCCAAACCGAAAAUCUUGUUCCUCACGUUUGUGGAACUAUUCUCACACUGUCUGAAAGGCAGUGGCUGUUUGCACAGUGCUGGGGGAACAGAAUCACCCCAGAGCCCCACUUACAUGCACCGAGGGAGGCCAGGCUGGAGCCAGUCCCUGCUUUAGCAGGGUGGGCAAGAGCAAACAGGUAAUACUGUUUCAUUUCCCUUUAUAAUCACACACUUCUUCCCAGCUGCUUCUCUGUGAUGCUGUCCACCUCCACCCUCCCAAACACACAUACCCCGAGGUUCCGACUUGCCCUUACUUCCUCACGGCUCUGCCUCUUGCUCUCUAUAGAGCCAUGGAGCCAAGUAAGCAGGCAGAGGGUGAGCUGCUUAAUUUUCUUCCCAUGUUGAUGUACUUACUGUCUUUCAUGCCUUGUAGGUCUAUAAAACAUCUAAUGCCACUUUUAAAUGAAUCAUUGGGAAUACCUGUCACGCUGGCUCCUCUAAGCAGUUUUUCUAGUUCAACUUUUUGUCUAAAGUCUGUUGAGAAAGGGAAAUAUGGGAACUAGAACCACUUGGUGAGAGUAUAAUGACUUCAAAGCAUUGUCAAUGUGUGAUAACUGAUAUACAUUGAAAACACUGAAAUUUUGAAGUUCGGAAUCUGAGGAAUUAGUAUACAUUUUCACAUUCUGGAGUGAUCUGGGACCAGGAGAAGAGAAUGGUGAUACCUAAAAGGACAGUGUGCAGUUAUAUUUUGGCCUUGUGCAUGAUCUUAUGUUUUCAAAAUUCUAUGUACGUACAGAAUUGUUGAUGUUACUUCCAGUAUUUAUACUAGAAAAAUUAUAUAGACACUUUAUAAUUUUAAUCAGCAUUUUUAAUAACACUUGCACUUAUUUUAUUGUAAUAAAUUUCUCUUUUAACACAAAAGAAAGUUUAAUUUCAAAAGUCUUUAUUCUGAUGUAGCCUUGCUUAAAAGAUAAAGUGAGAAUCUCUUGGUGUUCGGAAAUGGGCAGUUUGAGCAAUAGAUUAUUGUUCAGUUAUAGCAAUAAAUUUUAAGAUACCAUUUUGAGUGUCUUGUUGGCUUGUGAUAAUAAUUCUUUUCCUAAAAUGGAAAUAGUGUUUAAUUUAUAUUCCCCUUUUGCAAAAGUGUCUUUGUUACUUAUACAUAUUUCAAAUAACCAAGGUAGCCUUAAUAUGUAGCCUUAAAGCAUUGCCUCUUGAUUGUAUUUCCAGAAUGAUAUAAAGUACUUGAAUAGAGAAUAUUUAUAACUCUUCCCUAAUAAUGGAAUGGGUUUAUUGAAGUGAUAGAUUGUAGAAUUUGCUCUGUGUUUAAAAACGAACAUUAUUCUUAGUGCUUAAGUGUCAAUUAAGUAAUAAAUGUCGAUAGGAAGUAUUACCAUGUAUGAAUGUACAAUACAAAAGUUUCCUUUUGAUGACACAAAUGUUGGGCAUUUUUUUUCCUUAUAAAACGUUCGUUUUUUUUCUGUAUACCUUAGAAAAUAUUUUGGAGAUUCAGAGCACAUUGAUUACAUUCUAAAACUGAGACUAUACAUAAAGAAUUGCUCACAAGUAAGUAAUCUUGUAAAGGGAUUCUCUGUCAUGUGAAGGGAUUCUCUGUCAUGUUCCAGACAACUGGCUUACAGGUGGACUUUGAAACAUUUUGCCACAGAAAGUGGGAGAUUGGUGAUUGAGUUCCCAGACCAAGCCUUCUGAGGCAGGCUAACCCCUCCUGUCUUUGACUUCUAAUGCUCAGGGAACCUGCCUGAGUUUUGGGGCUCGGAAGCAGGGUAGCAUGAACAGGGUGGAGAAAGCAAAGUGUAAAUUUUCACCUCUUUUCCUAAGAACAAAGGUCUUUCUUUCAUUUUUGCAGCACUUCCCAUCCCCUAACGCCCUUGGGGUCCAGGUACUUUCCUCUGAGUUUUGCUGGCCUCCUCUUCUGGUGCGGGGCCUUCCUCCCAGCCUGCCCCACCUGCUGGCUUCCUCCUAUGUCCAGAUCACCCACCUCUCUGCUCCUACCAGUCAGUUGUCUUAAUAUGGCUGAUACGGUGCGGUGCUGGUCAGACUCCUUCCCAGAAAGAAACUGUGAUCAUCUCCUCCCUCCCCUGGAACCUACCAGUGCUAUGGGCACUUCCCAAGCCCUGCUGCAGCUGCAUUUUACAAGGGAGAGCCUUGGAACCCAGUGGCUCACUCACAGCAAAUGGCAGAGUUUCAAAGUAAAGUGGAAAAAGCAUUCCAGCAGUUUAUAGAAGGAAAAUAAUAUUUGGGUUAGGGGCAACCCUCCCAUCUCUCUCACCCCUUCCCCCGGGUGAGUUCUCAGCUGGUUGUACUUUUCAUGGUUGUUUCUUUUCCUCCACUUAGAAACCCACAGAUUUUUCUUACAGUCCUCAAGAAAUCUUUGCCUCUGAGGUAUUCCCUUGAUGAAGACCCUUCUAGAAGCUGAAACAUUUCAUUAAGUUAAUAACAUUCCUUAUGCUCUCAGGGAAAUGCUUAGGAGACGUCACAAAAAUGUGCCCUUUUCCAAGUUGGCAAAAAAUUCAGAUUUUGCACCAUAAUUUAACAAGAUUUUUAUGAGGAUGCUAGCAUUUUCCAAGCAUAGUAAUUAGUUCACAACUGGGAACUGUUAUUUCUGUAAAUGGAUGUAAGUUGUGUGUUUUAAAUUUUUUUCCCCAUGCUGCGUCAUGAAAUACCUUAUUUGCAAAAAUCCCAGUGUAUAAUAGCUCAUGAAUUACAACCUGCUUUGUGGUGGCCGUGCUUCUGGAACAGAGCCAGUGAAACGUGUGUAACUCCGAACGUGACGUGAAAGAUCUCCACGACUGCUUUAGAAGGAAUUGUAUGUGUAUGAUGAGGAUGAUUACUUUUUAAAUAAAACGUGUCAUUUAUACUUUAAUAAA